GUAAUCGAUGUAUUUACUCAUCCCUAACGCCACACACAUAAGCAAAAGCAUGUCGGCUGACGAAAAAAAAGAUAAAACCAUUGAAAAUAUGGAUGCCAACACAACGCCAGAAGCGGAGACGGCGACCAAAGAAAAUGCCGCUGAUAAGGUAGUAAACGAGUCGAAGGCGCCAGAAAAUAUAGAGCCAACUACACCCGAUUCAGAGGUAGCUAAAACUGUAGAGAAGGAGAGCGACGCAGCAGCGUCACCCGCUACUGAUGACGUCGCUGAUAAAAAAACUGUUGGAGACGCAGCGGCUGUGGCCGCGCCAACAUUGGAUGCAGAUGAGAAAAAGGACACAAAAGCGGCAUCGCCAGCGCCGCCUUCAGCAAAGAAAGUGAAUAAUGGCGCCAAGAAAAAUGCAGGCAAGACUGAGGAUGACGAAGAUGCAGAUGAAGACGAGGAGGAAAGUGAGGAGGAUCAGGUGGAUGAUACCCAGGAUGAUGUCAGCGAUGAGGAGAAGAAACCAACAGCCACAGCGGAUAAGAAGAAAAAUGAUGCAACAGAUGGUGCUAAGCCCAAGUCUGGAUCUGCAGGAGCGGACAAGUCAGCGGUCGCCAAGAAGACUGAAUCCAAGGCCAAGAACGGCAAGGUGGAGAAGUCGGACCAAAACGAGGAAGAUGACGACGACGCUGACGAGGGCGAUGGUCUCGAUGAGAACAACGAGGUGGCAGAGGAUGACGAGAAUGUGGUGGCCCUGGCAGAGAUCGAUCGCAUUAAUGAGAAUAUAAACAAGACGCGAGUCGAUGGGCUCCAGGUGCUACAUUCGCUCUGCUUUGGCGCACAAGGAAAAAACAAUGUGGUGAAAAAGAAUCUGCGUUCGUUUGCUGGCUUUGAGUUUGCCAAGGAUUCGUCGGAGUACAAAAAGAAAUACGAGUCCAUCAAAAAGGUGGACAACAAAUCCUUGCGUAGUAUCUGCGAAAUUCUCACGCUAGAUCGCAAGGGCAGCAAGGACGAGAUUGCGUCGCGUGUGCUCAAAUUUCUAAUGGAGCCGGAUGAGUCGCUCUGUGUAGAACAGGGUGAUGAGGAAGAAGAGGAGGUGGACGAUGAAGAUGUCGACGAGGACGAGGAGGCCGCCAGCGAAGACGAUAAGAAACGCAAGAGCAGUAAGGCAAGCGCAGGUACCGGCAGAGGCUCAGCUCGCAAUUCCAGCGGACGUCCAAGACGUGCAACGGCAGGCAAGAAAAUGUCUGCAUAUGUAGAUUUAUCUAGCUCCGAGGAGAGCGAGCACAAAGUGACAGUGGCUAAGCGGAGACGGAAUGAUGACUCCGAAUCCGGCUCAGAUUACAAUCCUUCGGGUAACUCAGAUUCUGAUGCGGGGCGCGGCGGCGGCGGUGCUGGUGGAGCAGCUGGAGCCGGUCGUAAGCUCUCAGCUCGGGGCAGUCGCGGACGACCCGCUCGUAAAAGUCGUCGAAGAAAUUCAGAUUCCGAAGACGAAGAGGAAUCAGAGCUAUCAGAUGCAGAUAGUGAUCAGGUGCCGAAGCGCAAGCGACCGGCUACUGGAAAACGUGGCCGAUCCGCUGUGAGCACUCCAGCUGGUAGACGAGGACGUGGGCGAGGCGCUUCUGCGCGAAAGCGCAAGGACUCUGAGAGUGACGAAGAAGAAGUAUCGGAGGAUGAAGAGGAAGAGGAAGUGUCUGAAUUUGGCAGCGAACAAAGCGAGGAUGAACGUCCCAAAAAGAGUAAGAAGCCAACAACGCCUGCGAAAAAUAGCAAAGCCAACAAUAAGUCAAAACCAGCUGGAAAGGCCGCUGGUCGACCGAAGAAAUCAAAGAAAGAAACGUCCGAGGAGGAAGAUGUUGACGACAAAGAUGAGUCCGACGAGGAUGAACCAUUGAACAAAAAGGGCAAAUUAGCAUUCCCAACGGACGAGCAAAUACGCGGCUAUGUCAAAGAAAUUUUAGACAAGGCCAAUCUCGAAGAGAUUACUAUGAAAACAGUGUGCAAACAAGUCUAUGCCAAGUACCCAGAUUUCGAUUUAACAGACAAGAAGGAUUUCAUAAAGGCCACAGUUAAAGCGUUAAUUGCAACAUAAAACUACACAAAAACGGAGGCAAUGGAGCCUGGGGAUGGGCCAGCAAGCAGUAAAACUUGUAACUUGCACACUAACAACAAAACAACAAGCGACCGCAAAGCAAAUAUAUUUUGCCACUUUUUGAGAGCUGCUGCGACAACAAAGAAUUAAAUCUAGUUUUCCUAUAAGCGUAUAAUUUGUACUCUUUAAAACCAACUAAAACUCAACCUUGAACGGAUUAUGUCCUUUUUCUAUUGUGUACUAGGAGGCGAUUAUCCAUAUAUAUGCAUGUGAAUAAUGUAUAUAUGUAAACGUAAUUUGUAAACACUUUAUAUUCAUUUUCUUUAUGAAUACCAGCGCUCUCAAACGGCUCUACAAAAAGUGUGUAAUUUAAGCAAAACCGAAAUAGAAAAGAAAAGAAACUUGUAAAAACCUAUAAACACACAAUUUAUACAUUUAAAUGUAGUGCUGAUUGAUUUGACGUUCAAAAUUAUGUAUUUUAAAUUAAGCAAAGAGGAUAAAUAAAAACAAAAAGAUUAUCUAAAAUUCACACACUGGCAGCAGUACAAAAACCGAAGCAUGGAAAACUUGACAAGUCAAAAUUCAAAUUCUAUAAUAUUGAGAUAUAUUGUGCACACGUUUCGGCUAUGUUAAAAAUGAUAAAAUAUUUGGAAUUAGGAGAAAAUUGCAGUAAAUGCACUGGGAAUAAUGCCUAUCAAAAUGUUUUGUUUCACAAUUGCAGGAAUUAAAUUGAGAAAUCUCACAGGCAAAAGUUGGAAGUAUUUGUAAAAUAUGUACGGUUGCAAGUUUUGAUAUUAUUGCAAUUUCGUUUGUGAUGAGGACGUGAACUUUUUGAGGAGACAUGAAAUGGCCAGUUUUUUUUUAAACUCUCAAAAGAUUGUUAUUAUAAGUAUAAACUUAUGUAUGAUUUACACCAUAACAAGUUUCUGUCCUUUUAAUUUAUCCCAAGCACCUUGGCUUUGAUAAUAGAUUGAAGACAGAACUUAAGCAGGUUUCUCUUGCAGAGCGGCAACACACAACUAGGAUUCACACCAGACAACACCCAAAAUAUAAUAUACAUGAUAAAAGAAGUGCAUCGUUAGAAUACACUUGCGAAUUUAAUGUAUGUACAUUUUAAACAAAAACAAAAAAGAAAAAAAAAACAGGUUCAAAACAAUGUUUUGAAUCCACUCCCAUACAUAAAUACAAGCAUCUCAAUGUACGUUUCUUGUAGCAAAAAAA